CCUGGUACUACUGCAAUAUUCUUAGAAUUGCUUUAAAUACUCCAAUUCACUCCAAACGAGGGCAAGCAUUUGUAGGAAUUGUAGUAGAAAUCCUGAGAUAGGAGAAGAUGGUGGGAGGAAGCUACAACACAUCAGGCAUCACAAUCGAUCAAGGAGAUGAAUCAAAAAGCAUCAUUCGAGCAGUACAUAUCACUGAUCCAUCAAAGCAAGGCAUCUCAGUCCGUCAGGGGCGUAAAGCAGAGCACACCAUUGAAGAUGUCAAGUUCACUGUAGAUUUUGAAUCAAAAGACAAAGUGAAAAAGCAAUGGUGUAACUUUACGGCCAUCACGAUUGCGAGUGUGGGGUUUCUAUUCACGGCAGAAUCAUUUCCCCCGAAUGUGGCUGUAGCGGGGAAAAUGUUCUUUGAAUGGCUUGGGGAUAAGAUCCCACACUUUCUCAAUAGCGGCACCACUACUGAAGUCUAAGGAGUGUGCUCUUUCUCCAUGUAACGACCAGUAGUACUUUUGCAUAAAGACGUCUAAGUUUAAUGUUCUUUGAAUGGCUUGGGGAUAAGAUCCCACACUUUCUCAAUAGCGGCACCACCACUGAAGUCUAAGGAGUGUGCUCUUUCUCCAUGUAACGACCAGUAGCACUUUUGCAUAAAGACAUCUAAGUUUAAAAUAAAUAAUAUAUAUAUCAAUAUUUCUAUUUCAAAUAUAGAAUAAAG